GUGCAGCGAGCCCGCGGCCACCCCUCCCGCUCCAGUCUCGCCCCGCCCCGCCCCGCCCCCCGCGACCCCUGCUGCGGGAGAGCGGAGAGCCGGCAGCCGCCUGGGACUCCCGCUAGAGCGACGCAAGGUCGGCGGCGGCGGCGGCCCGAGGGCGCCCGUGUGCCCGGUGCGCGGCGGGGACGGCCGCGAGCUCGCUGGAGGGCUCCCCGGAAUAAUCCAGAAGUCGAUUCCAUCAUGGCAGAACUCAAGGUGGACGCGCGGGCCAGCGUAGACUGGCAGAAACGCUGCCUGACUCUGGAAACCCAGCUUUUCCGGUUCCGCCUACAGGCCAGCAAGAUAAGGGAGCUGCUGGCUGACAAGAUGCAGGAGCUGGAGCAGAGGCUGCUGGAGGCAGAGCAGAGAGCAGAGAAUGCCGAGACCCAGGUGGGUGUCAUGGAAUUUUUUUUAUUUUUUUUUAAUCUGAAGAAUCGGCAGCAUCCUGGGGAGCCGGGAAUCCAGCCCACGGGCCAGAACAGUGGCUCCCAGGCCGAGGGUCUGAAGGCAGCUGUGCUUGCACCUUCCCCAGGUGCCCUGCAGAGCAAGGACUUUUUUUUUGUUUUUUUUUGUCCCUUGGAGGAUUCUAGUUCCAGCACGGUCCAUUCUGGGGAUUUUUUUUAUUUUUUUUUCCUUCAACCUCAUCUGGGAAGAGAGGGCCCUCCCCACCAGCCAUUUUUUUUGUUUUUUUUUUUCAGAUGUGGUUCAGCUUCCUGGGGUGAGGGUCUGGUUACUGCCCAGAGAGGGAUGCUCCCUGGGACAAAGACCUCUGCCAGGGAAGGUGGCCCUGGCAGCAGUCUGACCCUACCAAAGGUGCGGACUCCUGGCACCCCACGGGACAGCAUCCAGUUGACCAAAAGGCACCACAGCCAGCCCCAGGUGGGCCAUGGGCACUUUGACCGUGUGGUGAGCAUUGAGAUUUUUUUUUUUUUUUUUUUCCACCCCUCUGGCCUUCCUGAGCUGGAGUCCCGAGCUAGGUAUUUUUUUUAUUUUUUUUUGAUGGAGAUGGAGGAGCCACCCCCAGCAGGGAAGAAUGAGGAAUUUUUUUUCUUUUUUUUUCUUGGAGCUGAGCUGGAGGAAGUGGAGCUGGGUAACAAGCCACCUACACCCCCGCUGCACCAGUUUUCAUCCUGGGAGAGCCGGAUCUACGCUGUGGCCACAUCGGGCAUGCGGCUCUCAGACGUGUCUCCCAGAAGUAAUACUGCCUGCUGCGCUUCAAGCCCUCCUGCCCUUGCUUCCCCUGGGUCUUUCUCUGGCCUGGUCUACAAGAAUGUCACUGUGCCUGUCUACACAGCACUGAAGGGGAGAGCCACGCAGAUCAGCAACAUGCCCUUUAUGGACGAGUCUUCUGGGUCUGACGACGACUGCAGCUCUCAGGCGAGUUUCCGAAUCUCAGUGCCCUGCUCUGAGUCCAGGAAGACCAGUGGACUAGGCAGCCCCCGGGCCAUCAAGAGAGGCGUCUCCAUGUCCUCACUGAGCUCGGAGGGUGACUACGCCAUCCCCCCAGACGCCUGCUCGCUGGACAGUGACUACUCAGAGCCUGAGCACAAACUGCAGCGCACCUCAUCCUACUCCACCGACGGGCUGGGCCUGGGCGGGGAGUCACUGGAGAAGUCGGGCUACCUGCUGAAAAUGGGGAGCCGGGUGAAGACGUGGAAGAGGCGCUGGUUUGUCCUGAGACAGGGACAGAUUAUGUACUACAAGUCCCCGAGUGAUGUCAUCCGGAAACCUCAAGGCCAAGUGGAUCUGAACUCCCGCUGCCAAAUUGUUCGAGGGGAGGGUUCACAGACAUUUCAGCUCAUCUCUGAGAAGAAAACCUACUACCUGACGGCCGAUUCACCCAGCCUGCUGGAGGAGUGGAUCCGUGUACUCCAGAGCCUGCUGAAGGUGCAGGCCACCGGGCCUCCAGCUCUGCCUCGGGGGGGCACCAAGCCCACCGUGAAGGGCUGGCUGACCAAGGUAAAGCAUGGCCACUCCAAGCUGGUCUGGUGCGCUCUUGUUGGGAAAACCUUCUACUACUAUCGGAGCCAUGAGGACAAGCGACCCCUGGGCUGCCUGCCUGUGCGGGACGCGCGCGUAGAGGAAGUAGAUCGAUCCUGUGACUCAGACGAGGACUAUGAGGCUGGAGGAACCAGACGGUUGCUUUCCUCCCACUGCACCCUGGUGAUCCACCCCGCAGAGCACAGCCCCACCUACCUCCUCAUUGGCACCAAGCAUGAAAAGGAUACGUGGCUCUACCACCUCACAGUGGCUGCGGGUGGCAGCAGUGCCAAGGUGGGCACUGCCUAUGAGCAGCUCAUUGGAAAACUGAUGGAUGGUGAAGGAGACCCAGAUUCGCCGCUCUGGAGGCACCCCAUGCUGUGCUACAGCAAAGACGGCCUAUACGCCUCCCUCACCACCCUGCCCUCUGAGGCCUUGCAGACGGAGGCCCUCAAGCUCUUCAAGUCCUGCCAGCUCUUCAUCAACGUGCCGGUGGAAGCUGCCUCGGUGGACUACCACGUGUCCUUGGCCCAGACCGCACUGCAGGUCUGCCUGGUUCACCCCGAGCUGCAGAGUGAGAUCUAUUGCCAACUCAUGAAGCAGACCAGCUGCCGCCCGCCUCAGAAGUACUCCCUCAUGCAGUGCUGGCAGCUCCUCGCUCUGUGUGCUCCACUUUUCCUGCCUCAGCAUCACUUCCUCUGGUAUGUCAAGCAGCAGCUCCAACGCCAUGCAGAUCCCAGAAGUGAAACUGGCCAGUAUGCCACCUACUGCCAGCGGGCAGUGGAGCGGACCCUGCAGACUGGGGAGCGGGAAGCCAGGCCGUCACGCAUGGAAGUGGUGUCCAUCCUGCUGCGUAACCCCUUCCACCACUCCUUGCCCUUCAGCAUCCCCGUGCACUUUACCAAUGGGACUUAUCAGGUGGUUGGUUUUGACGGCUCCUCCAUGGUUGAUGAGUUCCUCCAGCGGCUGAACCAGGAGAUAGGCAUGAGAAAGCCAUCCCACUCUGGCUUUGCCCUCUUCACGGACGAUCCCUCUGGCAGGGACCUGGAGCACUGCCUGCAGGGAAGAGUCAAGAUCUGCGAUGCCAUCUCCAAGUGGGAACAAGCCAUGAAGGAGCUGCACCCCGGAAAGUCUGAGGGUGGGACACGCAUCGUGAAGCUGAUGUACAAGAACAGGCUGUACUUUCGCAGUCAAGUCAAAGGGGAGACGGACCGAGAACGGCUGCUCCUUGCCUCUCAAACUAGUAGAGAGAUAGUGGCAGGGAGGUUUCCUGUCAACAAGGAAUUGGCUCUUGAGAUGGCUGCCCUGAUGGCCCAGGUAGAAUAUGGGGACUUGGAGAAGCCUGCCCUGCCAGGCCCUGGAGGCACAUCCCCUGCCAAGGCUCAGCAUCUUCUCCAGCAGGUCCUAGACAGGUUCUACCCCAGGCGCUACAGACAUGGGGCUCCCCCCGAACAGCUGAGGCACCUGGCAGAUAUGUUGACCACAAAGUGGGCAACAUUGCAAGGCUGCGCCCCUCCUGAGUGCAUCCGCAUCUACCUGACCGUGGCCAGGAAAUGGCCUUUCUUUGGUGCUAAGCUUUUUGCUGCUCAGCCUGCCCAGCUGUCUUCCGAGGAGAAUGCUCUGGUGUGGAUUGCUGUGAAUGAGGAUGGUGUCAGCAUCCUGGACCACAACACUAUGCAAGUGCACGUCACUUACCCCUACUCUUCAGUGACAACCUUUGGUGGCUGCAGGGAUGACUUCAUGCUUGUGAUUAGAUCUAUCCCAGACAAGACCUCUGGAAAAAGCCACAUUGAGAAGUUGAUCUUCCGGAUGGCUGCUCCCAAGAUUGCAGAAGCUACCUUCAUCAUGGCCAGCUAUAUGAACCAUUGCUCUACAACUGUGAACCCACCCACCAACCUACCCGGAGCCUGCCAGCUGUGGGAACUGGAUGGACAACAGUUCUUUUCUUCUGUUUCCUGUGCUACCAAGGGGCCAACGUUGCUGUGAAUAUUUCUCCUACCCGAUUCCCCACUACCACUAGUGCCUCUGGAUUUAGAGAUAUAUAUCCUAGGGUAUGAUACUACUGUGAUGGGUCUAACAGCCCCCCACCACUGUUGUUCUGUGAAAUGUGUAUUUUAGUGUCUGUGAAGCCUUUAUUCUCUAGGUGCCUUACAAGGUUUCAGGGCUCAACUUUUAAAAAUCUAGACCCAGUGUUAAAACCACUUAUUCCUUUUUUCGUAAGAAGAAUGACUCUGGAUGCUACCCGAUUCUAGACAUAGACAGGGAUGAUACACUGUUACUGAGGGCAUCAGUGCUGUAAGUUAAGGCUUUCUGCACUGAUACUCUCAAGGAAGCUAAUUUUCUUUUUGGUGGGGUGGGGGACACAGUCUCACUACAUUGCCCAGGCUGGAGUGCAAAGGCGUGAUUUC